UCGAAACCCUUCCCCCUCAAUGCAACUGCUCGAGCAACUCUCAAAGCCGCCGGGAAAUCUCGACGAUCCCUAAUUCCCGACGAGUUUCAGGCCGAAACCACCGGAGAAACAUUUGAGAAUCAAAGAAACAGCAUCGCUUCAUGGACACUACCAGGCGAUUGAGAGCGUUCAAGAGGUGGAUGAGAGCUCAUGGAGUAGAAUGCAGUGACGCCCUUCGUCUUGUUGAUGACCCACAAGAUGGAGUCUCUGUGAGAACUCUCUGUGAUUUGAAGGAAGGAGAUGUUGUGGCGAACAUACCCAAGAAAGCUUGUCUCACCAUGAAAACAAGUGGAGCUCGUGAGAUUAUCGAAGCCGCCGGCCUCGAUGGCUACCUGGGCUUGUCAGUGGCUCUGAUGUAUGAGAGGAGUUUAGGAGAACAGUCCCCUUGGUCUGGCUAUCUUCAGCUUCUGCCUCUUCAGGAGGACUUGCCUUUGGUUUGGUCCCUUCAUGAUUUGGAUUCUCUCCUCCUCGGGACAGAGCUUCAUAAGGUGGUUAAGGAAGACAAGGCUCUAAUAUACGAGGACUGGAAAGAAAGCAUUUUGCCCCUUACACAUUCGUCUCCUCAGAUUGUGGAUCCCAAGUUUUUUGGAGUAGAAGAAUAUAUUGCUGCAAAGAGCCUCAUUGCCUCACGGUCUUUCGAGAUAGACGAUUACCAUGGAUUCGGGAUGGUCCCUCUGGCAGAUCUGUUCAAUCAUAAAACUGGAGCUGAGGAUGUACAUUUCACAUCUGAUUCAUCUCAUGGUGAAUCUGGUAGUGAAGCUGAUGAAAAUAAUGAAGCCUUAGAGGAGAACCGCAGUGAAGAUGAGGCUUCUACUCAAACUUCUUCCGAGGCUGAACAAGCUUUUAACCAGGUCCCUGCUGAGAACAAUGACGAUGGAGCAGAUGAAGACAGUUAUUUAGUUGUGGAAAAUGAUCAUCCCGUGCUAGAAAUGAUCAUGGUGAAGGAUGUCCUUACUGGGGCCGAGGUGUUCAAUACAUAUGGGACACUGGGAAAUGCUGCAUUGCUCCACAGAUACGGAUUCACGGAGACCGACAAUCCAUAUGACAUCAUAAAUAUAGAUAUGGAACUAGUACUCGGAUGGAGCUCAUCCUCGUUCUCGGGUCGGUACACUAGAGCUAGACUUGCCCUGUGGAGAAGACUAGGUUACACUCCAUGUGAGAGUCAAAACUCGGAAUAUUUUGAGAUUACCUCAAACGGGGAACCCCAAACCGAGCUUCUUGUUCUCUUGUACAUAUUGUUGUUGCCUGACAAUACAUAUAACAAGCUGGAUCUUGCAGUAUCCACUGCCUGUGAUGAGAACGGAUUUUUUCACGUGAUGUCACCGGGAAACCACAAGAUCACGUUUGGACAAACAUCAUCGGACAUCGAGAAUGAUGUUUUCCUUACAGAGGAUGUUCGAGGAGCACUUAUUUCAGUGGCGGAUAAGCGAGAGAGCCUAUACGGAACAAGCUCUUUGGAGGAUGACAUUGCUGCAUUGAAGGAGUGUUGCCUUCCCCGAGAUCGGAGGUUGCUCCAUUCUUUAACAUUGCGGGUGAGUGAGCGGAGGAUUCUCGAGAAGCUUAGGCGUUAUGCACGGUUAAGGGUCGAUGGAAUCUGCGAAGGAAAGCGAAGGAAGAAGAGACUGAAUCUGAAUGCUUCUCCAUAGUCUUCAUUGCAUUGUUGUUGAUUGUUCCCAGUCCUUAUGCUCUUUUAUUUAGUUUUGUUUGUGUAAUAGAAUAAGUCCCUUUUUUUUGGAUAUUUUAGUUUUUAUUACAAGAACAUUUUGAAAUUCAUUGGACAUUUACAAUGAAGUAGUGUGUUUGUUGUUCAUCACCUGUCGAUGCCUUCAAUCUUGUCUUCGACCUGAGAGUACAGCUCUCUCAGCCUCUCGAUGUUCUCGGCGGACGUUUCCCAGUAUCCGCGUCCGUUCGCCUCCAGGAACGUCUGAAGCAUCUUCCUGAACGAGUUCGGGUUCAUGUUCAU